UAGCACGGUUCCCAAGGUUCUUCGUUCUUGUAGCGGCUGCUAGUGGAACUUGUGGACCCAUCCCAUUUACAUGUAUUUCUCAUGGCGCCACCUUCGUUUGCGUACACAGCGAAUAGAAGUAAUAAGACUAACAAAAAAGUAACUAUAAAAAAAGGGUCUGUUCGGUACUGGACGUUCAAGCGCCCCUCGCGAGCUCGCGUUCGAUCUGAACAUAGCUGCUUGGUACCGGUACUCCCAAUUACGCUCUUACCGCUGUUUCCCUGAAGUAGGUGUGACCCUACCACACAUACACACACACACGCAUACACACACAUACAUACACACACACACAUACACACACACGGAGCGACAGAGAAGUGCUUGUUUCUUCGUAUUUCACGGCUGUGCUCAAGUGCCUUUCUUUGUUUCAUCAUGUUACUGGCUUACUGCAUACUUGCACAAAAAAAAAUUAUUUGAUUAAUAGUCACUCGUUCAAUCAUAUUAGUUAACAUUGGUUUAUAUACUAAAUCAUAUUCAUUUAUUUAUACUGUAUGAGAUACAGUUUUUGUGCAUAAUUGCAAUGUAAAACUUUUUGGUUAAGUUUAUGACUAACUUAAAAAAUGAAACGCGCCACAGGGCAGCGUCAAGCAAAGUCAAAGUAUAAUAAAGCAUGCUUGGGUAAUAUAUCAUUUAAAUGUUUUUUUUUUCAGCUAUCAUGAAUUUGUUCGAAUUUUGUAUUUGAUUUUGACAUUUCAGAUACCCUCUUAGAUAUAUCUGUGACAGAGUCAGAAGAAGUCACUUCUGGUUCUGAAUACAAGCCCUCAGAUGUAUCUAGCAGUCCGCUUUCAGAUGAUCUAAGUUCUCUUAGUGACGAUAUGCCUAUUAAUGAUAAAAGACAGACUGAUCCCACACAUUCUAAUUUUGCAACUAGUACAAAAAGAAAAAGAGACGAAUCUGUAUCUCAAUUUUCAGACGAUGAACCAAAUUUGUCUAUUGAUGAUAAAUCACAUGAAAAAACAAAGAAUAAAAAAUCAUCACCUCAGCCUUCAAUUAACGGCUCCAAUUCUUCUUUUGAUAAUAUAGAUUCUAUUGAGAUGCCAAAGAAAAAAGUGAAAAUUGCUAAAAAAAACAUCUGACAAAUCAAAAAAUGCAGAUGAUGAUGUAAACUUAACUGGUGGCGAUAAUAGCCUAAAUCUAUCAGUAAAUUUGAACUCUGUGGGAGCAGUUGUAAAGAAUAAAAAAAAUGAAGUAUUAAAAAACAGCACGGAAGAUGUUAAAAAGUCAGUAUGUUUUUAUUGUUACCAAGAACGUCAAGAAACAAAAAAUCCCCAUAAAAAAAUGUACUUUUCAAAGAUAGCCGAUCAUUAUGAAAAAGCUCACGAACAAGAGAAGGAUGUUAUAAAAUUAAAUAAAAUUCCCAAGACUAAAGUCAAAAAAGGUCAAAAAAGAAGUACUAAUGAAUUAAAAAGAUUGAGAAUUUUGGAAAAAUUGAGAGUCAACGCUACUUACAUAAAUAAUUUAGAAGUGGAAGAUGUUUCAAACUAUAUAGUGACAAGGAGACCACAAGUAGAUCGUCGCAAUACAGUUGCAAACUACAGCUGUUGCUUCAAGUGUAAAAAAGUAUUAUCAUACUCAUCACUGAACAAGCAUGUACGGAAAUGCACAGGAGUGUCCUUUAAGGACAAGCAUACGGUUAAAGCAAAUUCCAGAGCAACUUUAGAUGAAUACCAUGAAAUAGCUUCCGAAGAUUCAAUCACAAUAAUUUCAAAAAUCAGAGAGAGCGUGACAUUCUUGCUGAAAUUAGAUAUGAUAAGACAGUUUUUUGGUGGCUUAACGCUGAAGCUUCAAAAACAGAAACUUUCAGACAUCACCAUAACAGAAUUCGAGUGAAUUUAAGAAGAAUGGGUCGUCUGUUAAAAGAGAUGACAAUCUUAAACGAAAAUAUAGAUGAAUUCAAAGAUAUUUUUAAUGAGGACUACUAUGAUGAUUUUAUCGAAGAUGUAAGAAUUAUGGGAAAAAUGAAUCCUGAUACAAGAGCAUUGACUGCACCUUCCACGGCUAAUGAUAUGUUUAACCUUAUUAAAAGUGUAGCAUCUAUAUACGAUGUCAUGUUAGGCUUAAAAGAAGAAGAAGGAAGAAAAAAAGUUACAGCGUUUACGAAAAAGGUAGUAAGAUUAUGGCAUAGCAGCAUUGGCAAUACCAUAGCUGAAACACAAGCUAUGAAUAAACGAAACAAAAUAGUAGCACUACCUUCAGAUGAUGAUAUUGACAUAUUAAAAAUCUUUUUACUAGAGGAAAUGAAGAAAGCUUAUAAUCUUUUGAGGACGGAAUAUACAGAUGACAAUUACACAAGACUUCGGAACUGCAUUGUAUCUCAUUUGCAUGUGUCAAAUUGCAGACUGACUGGAGAAAUAGAUAAGUUUAAUAGAUUAUAGAUCAUUACAAAUUGAAGGAAAUAAGUGCAGAAUUGAAGUCCGUGGUAAGCGUACUAAGCCUGUUCCGAUUGUUUUUGAUCAACAAGUACAUAAGUAUUUGGAAUGUCUACGCAACCAUAGAAGCCUAGCUGGAAUCGACAAAAAUAAUCCUUAUAUUUUCUCAAACAUUCAUGACGUAAAUGCUGAUUACACCUUUGUCUCAGCUUGUACUCUGAUGAGCAAGUUUUCUGUUAUUUGUGGAGCAAAAGAGCCUAAUAGGUUAAGAGGUACGUUAUUUAGAAAACAAGUAGCCACAAAAUGCAUGGAAAAAGGUAUAAAUGAACAAGAAGUGGAAAAACUGGCUGGAUAUAUGGGACAUACACCAAGAAUACAUAUUCAAAAUUAUCGGCAGUCAGUUCUUCAACGAGACUUUGCUGUUGCCGAGAUGAUGCAAAAGGCUCAAAGUUCAAAAACCACUCCACCUAGAUUUCAAUUAGAAGAAGAGGAUAGCGAAACUAGUUUGAAAGAACCAGAACAGUUGGGAUCAGUAACUGAAAACCAAGAUGAAAAUGAAAAAGAAAAUGAUGGGAAUACACAAAACAAUAACUACAAUGUUGGUCGCCGCCCAAGGCUAAACUGGAAUAAAGCUCAAGCAGAAGCUGUUUUAGAAGCAUUCCCUGAUGCUCCGAAUUCAAAUGUUAAAGCACCAAGUGCAGACAAAAUUAACGAAUUCCUACGAACCUCCACAAAUGCUGAAAUAAGAAGAAGAACUAAACUCCAGAUAAGGCAGUGGAUCCACAAUGAGAAGAAAAAGAAUCCAGGAAAAUCCGAUAGCGUCCCAAGUAGAAAUGUUGUACCUACUUAUAUAUAUAUUCAAGAUUUGAAAAAUAUAUAUCUUCAGAAAAGGUACCAUCCAAUGAAACAUGUGGAAAAUUUUUAGCUAAGUCACCUUCGAAAAGGAAUAUUACCAUAAGUAAUAUUCAAAAUUGGGUCAGAAUGGCAAUUAAGUGAAAAUCUACAAAAAAGUAGUAAUAAAAGAUCCAAAGUGUUCAAGGGGACAUAUAUACCUUAAAUUGUUUAUAUUUUUUACAUUUUGUCAGAGUUCAUAUCACGAUUUGUUAUAUCUCCACUGCACUCCAAUGAAAUCUCAGGAUCUCCAAAAAUCAGCCAUAGAUUAAAAAACCAUAAUAAAUCUGCUUAUUUGUAAAUUGACAUGCCUUAUUGAUGCUACCAUCCGGAUGAUAUAUCGGAAAAUAGGUAUAUCAAAAUACUUUAGAGGUCAUUUUAUUAAUUUAAAUUUUAUUAAAAUAUUUUACAUGAGAUUUUGCAUAAGUUCUCAGGUGAGAUCCUAAGUGAGACCUCAUGUAAAAUAUUUCUCGAUAAAGUUCAAUAUGAAAAAAUUAGUUCUAAAAUACUUUAAUACACCCAUUUUCCGAUGCAUCAACCGGAUGGUAUCACUUGAAUGGCAUGUCAGUUUUUUUUAAAUCUAAUUUAUCAUAUUUUCACAUAAAUGUAAAAAUAAAAUUCAAUUUUUCAUUGUCUAACAAUUUAAGGUAUGUCUGUCACCUCAAAUAUUUAAAAGUUUAAUUACACUUAAUAGUCGUAGUAUAAAACAUCGUUUUGUUAGUUGAUUUAUAAAGAAAUUAGUUCAGGUCUGAAAACAAUAUUUCUAAAUAUUAUAACCAAAGUGACUAGUUUAUU